AGCUUUAGUAAUGAAGGUCACAAAUGUCAAAAUCAGCUUUAAUUAUGUACAUACACGCGUUUGAAAUUAAAAUAGAAGUGGCAGCCCAAUGAUGGGAUAUAAAUUCAGUUAGCACACAAAAUGGAUAGAAUAUUAAGAGGUAUUAUGAGAUACCGAGUUUUAGACAGAGCAAGCAUGGUGAAGCAAUUUGAACAAGUUAAAGACAAUCCUGUUCCUAAAGCAAUUUUUUACACUUGCAUGGACAGUAGAAUGAUACCCACAAGAUUCACAGAGACUUGCGUAGGCGACAUGUUUGUUGUCAGAAAUGCCGGUAAUCUCGUCCCUCAUUCUCAAAGCUUUAUAGAUGAGAUGACUAGUUGUGAACCAGCAGGACUUGAACUGGGAUGUAUGAUGAACGAUAUCAGACAUGUCAUAGUCUGCGGACAUAGUGAUUGUAAAGCAAUGAAUCUCUUAUACAAAUUAAAAAGCAAAACAGAAUCUAGUAUUGAACAGCGGCGAAUAUCCCCCCUUAAGUCAUGGCUUUGUACUCACGGAAAUACAAGCCUGCAAAAGUUUUUAGACAUGAAUGGCGACUUCAACAAACCAAUGUUAUUUACAGCUGAAACGCCUCAGCGAAAAUUUGUCGCGUAUAUUGAUCCUGAGAACAAAUUCUGCAUCGAGGAUAAACUGUCUCAAGUAAAUACGCUACAACAGCUUCAAAAUGUGGCGUCAUAUGGUAUGCUGAAAAAACGCUUAGAGAAACACGACUUACAUAUCCAUGCGCUAUGGUUCGAUAUUUAUACUGGAGACAUUUAUUACUUUAGUAGACGGGCAAAACGGUUUGUUAUCAUCGACGAAUCGACGUAUGAAUCUAUACUAGCGGAAGUGCGGAGAUAUUACUCAUAGAGUUAAUUUUUAAUAACGAUCGAAACAUAUUAAAAUAGAUUUAUUUGAUCUUAACAAAAUCUAACUGGGUGUUUAUUAUAGUUGGCCAUGUAUAAAAAAUUUGAGGGGGCCCGCUAGUUUUUUUCGAAUAUAAAAAUAUGAAAUAUCUAAUUAAUAUUAGUCGUCCUUUUUUUUAGACGUUGAUUGUAAUUUACGAUAUUUUCACCGAUAUGGGGAGAAGCGUAACAGUGAAAAGGCGCGUCACUAUAUUAUAGCCUACGCCACUGGUUAAAAUUACAUAUUAGUUUGGUAUUAUAUACGUAGGAAAAUAUAUAUAAUUAACUUAGUUUCAGUAUAAUUUAAUGAAUAAAUACCGGUUAGAAUGUAAGUGAUAAGUGAAUAUUG